AGAUUAACAUAAAACCUACUUGUCAAUUUAAAUCUGUGUUUACGUUUGUGAAGAAAUGGGAGCAGUCCUUGGUACUUGUGGUGCAGCGCAGCUUGCAUGCUGUUGUGGAAGUGCUGCAUGCAGUUUGUGCUGCAAAGCUUGUCCUUCGUGUAAAAACUCCACUUCAACACGAAUAGUCUAUGCUAUGUUUCUCUUCCUUGGUACAAUUGUCGCUUCCCUCAUGUUGAUUCCUGGCUUGGAGGAAAAAUUGAAAAAAAUUCCAACAUUUUGCAAGAAUGAGGAAAGUUUUAAUCCAAUAAAAGGAUUUGUUGAUUGUGGUUCGCUUGCUGGCUAUCUGGCCGUGUACAGAGUUUGCUUCAGUGUAGCAGCUUUUUUUGCUUUCUUCUGUAUUCUAAUGCUAUAUGUGAAGAGUAGUCGAGACCCAAGAGCAAAAGUACACAAUGGAUUUUGGUUGUUUAAGUUUUUGGCCCUGAUUGGAAUUACAGUUGGUGCAUUUUAUAUUCCACGUGGAGAUUUUAGCGUGGCAUUCUAUUACAUUGGAAUGGCAGGAGCUUUCUGUUUCAUUCUAAUUCAAUUGGUGUUAUUGGUUGACUUUGCUCACUCUUGGAAUGAUUACAUGUUGGAAAAACGUGAGGAGGCAGAUUCUCCAAGAUGUUGGACCAUUCUUCUGUUGAUCGCAACUUUCUUCAACUACGCGGUUUGCAUCACAGCUACUGUGCUAUUCUAUGUUUACUAUACUAAUGGAGAUUGUGCUUUGAACAAAUUCUUCAUCAGUUUCACUUUGAUUCUGACUGUGGUUUGUUCAGUCGUCGCCGUGCUUCCUAAAAUACAAGAUGCACAACCACGCAGUGGAUUACUACAAGCGUCAGUCGUUUCUGCUUACUGCAUCUAUCUCACAUGGUCUGCUAUGAACAAUGAACCCGACAAAACUUGCAAUCCUGGCUUGCUAACAAUCGCACAAAAAAUCAGCGGUGGGAUUCCAAUCAGUAUAAAUGGAUCGGUUGCUACGACACCCACCCCUCCAACUGCACAGUGGUGGGACGCACAAAGCAUUAUCGGGUUGUUUGUUUUCUUUGUUUGUGUCUUGUACUCAAGUAUCAGAUCAUCAACCCAAGACAAUGUUGGUCGUCUCACUUUACAUGAAAAUGUCAUGCUUGAUGAUGAUAACACAGAUGACACCAAGCAGAAUCUUGUGCAGAAUGAAGAAGGUCAUCAAGUUUAUGAUAACGAAGAGAAUGGAGUUGCUUACUCUUAUUCAUUCUUUCACUUCAUGUUCUUUCUUGCAGCUUUAUAUAUUAUGAUGACAUUGACCAACUGGUACAGACCUGGAAUGGAUUUCAAGACAAUGGAAAGUACAUGGCCGGCUGUGUGGGUCAAAAUAUCUUCUUGUUGGAUUUGUUUCGCUAUCUACAUGUGGACUUUGUGUGCUCCACUUAUUCUAACCAACCGGUCAUUUGAAUAAACUACCAGCAAAACAAAUGUGAAUAUCCACAAACUAUAUCUUGCACAAUAAAAAUCUACAAAUAUAAACAAACUACAAACUUUGUAAAUAUUCUUUUAUGUUGUCGCUUUAUUUUUGUUCUCUAUAAUAUAUCUGCUGUACCUUAAUUGUUUCAUGAAAUAUCUGUAUUGUUUCUUUGUAUGCUGUAACUGUAAUGUAAGAUAAUUCCUGCCUUAACUAAAAGUAACAAGUCACAUUAAUUCAAAUAAUAUUUGAUAACUUAAUAGAUAUAUCAAAUUUUUACCAUGAAUGUUUGUGUACGAGUGUCAUUGUAUCAAAUCUCUUAUGUACAAAUGCUAAUACAACUUAACUGUGUGUUGCAACGUA